UUGAGCACAGCCUACUUCACAUUUACAGAGUUAGUGUUGUGUUUAUGUGGAUUUGCCUAGGGUUAGGGUUAGGGUUGCCUGACCAGAUGCCUUCCUCAGAUUUAGGAGUAUUGUCUAGCCCUUCAGUUUGUCUGCCUCAUUAAAAAUAAUAAUAAAUAAAUAAAUAAAAAACAAAACAGUAAACCUGCAUUUGUAUCUGAACAUCUGUCUACUACAUACCUCCAAGAGUUCCUAGGUGUUGAAGCUAUGAAGCCACGCUGUCCAACUACGCUCACCAGAGACAAGCGCACAUAAGAAGCAACUGCAACUGAUGGCCAACAUUGUGACGUCGGUGUGCUACGUGGUGCUCGCAGCUGUUGUGGUGGUGUAUGCCCAGCGCCGCGGCCAGCAAGGAGGCAGGAUCCAGUACGCGAGGAUCGGCAGCAAUGUAACGAUGCAGUGUGGCUCUCUGGACAAUGAUGCCUCAGUCACGUGGAAGGUGAAUGGGACAGAUGUGAAGGCCAAGCGGCGGGAGGAAGGGCCACGACUUAUCCUCAUGGAGGUGGACAUGAGUAGCAAUGGCCUGUACAGCUGUUUCCAGAAUCCCGAUGGCCAACGGCGUGACCAGAUCAUACUUCGCAUCGGACUUCCUCCGAGGGAACCGCAGGUGACAUGCCGAUCAAACACGUACCCCAAGGGCUUCUACUGCAGUUGGCACCUCUUGCAUCCCACAUACAUCCCUACGGAAUUUGAAGUCGACGUCCAACACAAACAGAAGUCUCUAGAAGUGAAGAGGGACGACGUCCAUAAGAACAGAUGCCAUGUGAAAUUUCCUGAGCUCUUCUCUAGUUUUCCUUACCAAGUCAAUGUCACGGCGAUCAACGAGCUCGGGAGAGCAUCCACAGCCACCAGCUUCGAGGAGUCAAACAUGGUGAAACCAGAUCCUCCAGAGAAGGUGGUGGCCAGACCCAUUCCCAACAACGCACGCAGGCUUGAGGUGACCUGGAACAGCCCAUCCACAUGGCCGGACAUCGAGUCCUUCCCUCUUAAGUACUUCCUGCGCUACCGUCCCCUGAUCAGAGACCAGUGGCAACAUGUGGAGCUCUCAGACAGCACCUCCCACACCAUCACAGACGCUUACGUGGGGAAGGAGUACAUCAUCCAGCUGGCUGCUAAAGACAUGGAGAUCGGCACUUGGAGCGAUUGGAGCGUGGCUGUACACGCAACGCCCUGGACAGAGGAACCCAAACCCAUCACCUCCACCACGGAGGUAGACUUGCCCAUAGAGACCACUCCAUCUGCUGCCCCACCGUCACCUAGGCCUAGAGUGGGUGGCGCUACAGGAGGAUGCAGUGCCCUCCUCUGCUCAUCCCAUAUCGUCCUGGUGUGUGUCCUGCUGUCCAUGAUGUGUUCCCAUGGAAACAACUGCCGUGUGUUCAUUUUUCUCUUUUGUUCCUGUCUCCACCCCCGUGUUGUCAUUGGCAUAUUACCUGAAUGUGUGCAGAUAUUGUUUUGUAUUAGUUCUUAAUUUGUUUGCCCUUUUAUACUUUGUUGUGUUGGUAAAAUGUUUCGAGGUCCUAUCAGGCUUUUGUGUUUAAGUCUGAGACCUUUUUCCAUGUUCUAGUUUCCUGGUUUCUAAUCUUGUUUUUCUUCAGUUUAUGAUUAUGUAUUACCCUUGUUUUGUGUUGCCUGCCUGUAUAAGUAUUUAUUGACAAAAACCGUUGGGUUUAUUUGAGUAAAAUUGCUAUUGCUUUUCAUAAAUUAGAUCUAGAUUUAAAAAAAAAAUAAUAACAAAACAAGUCAAAUCCAUCCAUAUUUGAUAAAAACACAAUAGUUUUUGUUUAAUUUUAGUCAUUUGGUUACUGUUAGAUUUAGUCUAGACUUAAUUGCUGAAAACAAUAGCAAUUUUAGUCAGCUAAAACCAAACAGUUUUUAGUCAAUAAAUACUUAUUACACACAGACAGGGUUUGGAUGCAAGUGGAGGGUUUUAUUGAAUGAAAAGGCCAAGCCAAAAUCAAAGUCAAUAGACAGGCAAUGUAUCGGGCAGUUAUCAGACAGAUUUAACUAGGCUAGGCUAGGCAGAACUCAAUAAACAAAACAGACAGGGUCAAUACUAGGAAAGUGUGUACACAAACAAAAGGCUCAGUAACAUCACAAGUGAAAUGCUAGCCGAGACACUUUGCAAAGUUUCAGGGAAAGUCCGAAUUAUUUAUGUUGAGUGUUCUGAUUGGGAACCUGUGGUUGUGAUUAGAAGUCUGGGGAACUGUAACAAGUUGAGUUUGGAGUUUGGUGUUUGGCUAAGGAUUCUAGAAAAUGGAGUUUGCUUUGGUACAUGGAGCAGGCAUGACAAUACUAAAGUGUUAGUGUUUUGGUGGGGUUUUGCCUCAAAUUUCCCAAAUAUGUUAUUAUAAUUUUCCAAAACUGAAAUGCAUGAAUUUCAAGUAUUUUAAUUUCCUCUUAUGGAAUGCUAGAGUCAGCUCCGCUUGCUUAUUAGAAAUAAACCUAAAUCUAUAUCUGUAGAUGUGUAAAGCUGCUUUGUGACAAUGUCCAUUGUUAAAAGCACUAUAUAAAUAAAAUUGAAUUGAAUUUACUAGUAUUCUUCCUAAAGCCUUUAUCUUUUUUGAUAUCACUGGCUAAAUGAAAUAAUACAACAUAAACAAAACUAUUUAAAAAAGCAUUAUUAAAUAAGAUUCCAACCUACCCACCCUAUUCCAAACAGAAAAAAAGGAAAUAUGAUGUCUAUAUCUAAAACCAGGUAUAGCUGGAACAGGCAUAUUAAUAUUAAAGCAAUGAAAACAGCAAAAUAUUUAGACAAGGUGUCUCCAAGACCAGGGUUGGGAACCGCUGUACUCAAUAAAAUCCCGCCUUAUCAUAUGUCUUUUUUUUUUUUUUUUUUUUUUUGCGUUGUAGAAACUCAUUUCCUUUAGCAAUACUGCAACCUGUAAUUGAGGCAGACUUUUCAGUCCUGCUCUUAAAUUUAAACAUGUUCCAGGAUGUUUUUUUUCCUGAUGAGACUACGUGAUUGCAUGUUAAAUUAUUCACUGAAUCAUAAAUGAAAUGCUUAAAACUGUCUGCAAUUAUGUUAAGUGUCAUGUUUCCUGCUGCAUACAGAGGAACUGAUCUGCUUGUACAAACUCCUCAGAUGAAAUGUGUGAGUCAGAGAAGCUCAAGACUCUGAUAUAAGAUAUAAUAUAUACACAAGGUCUGCCAAAUUUGUGCAAUUAAAGAGUGACUAGUGCAACAUGUACAACCAAACUGUGAACUGUGAAAAGUAUAGUCACAACCAGUGUUGGAGAAGUUACUUGUACUUGCAGUUGUAACUCAGUCUACAAGCUACUCCUGAUUUAAAAUAGUUAAACUACAGCCAAACUACUCUUUUGAUAAAGUAGCUAGCUACACUACAAUCUACUAAGAAAAGGUCGCUAAAUAUGUUGCAGUUACUUUAUCACGCUGAGGAAAAGCAACUGUGGCAUUUUCAUUUUACUGUGCAAUACUUUAUUGCACAAAAUAUAAUUGCACAUGCUUUGUACAGGGUAUGGAUAGUAAAAAAGAUUUUGCUUAUGGAUUUGUGAACCACUCUUAGUCAGAAGUAGUUAGCAUUUCUUUACUAUAAAACAUUUAUACAGACAGGGCUCACUCCACGAAUCUUGGUUCUGUUCAUUUCUGGAAAUAUGUUGCUACCUAAUUAAUACUCUUAUGUUCAUCAGAAGUGAAAUCCAUCCUCUGUAGCUUUGUAGCUGUAUUUAUCCUCUGUAGCUGUAUUUCUCCUGUUAUACUCUAGACAGGUCCAUGCUUGCCUGAGGUGCAUACACCUACAUGCAUCCUACACUCAUUAGAAAUAACAGUUUGCACAUUAUGAUUUACUUGAUUUAAAAAAAAAUAACAAACUGGAUAUGUGAAAAGAGAAAAGGCAGUGGAGCAUUUUUUCAUGCUUCAACCCUUGUUGAAAAAAAAAGUCGCUAGUUACUGGAAAACCUAUACUGUAAAAUGCUAAAAUGUAGUAGUAUUUAUGUAGCUGUAGUUAUUGACUUCCCAACACAGCUCACAACAUUACACUACUACUUGUUGGGAAAAGAGUAGCUCCUUACUGGAAACCCAUAUUAUUUUUUAAAUACGUACCUCAGCUACUGCCACACUGCUAAAAUGUAUAAGCUAGUAGUGUUGCUACUAGUAGUUAGCUACUCCCUAACACUGCUCACAACAUUACACCACUAUUUGGUGAAAAAAAGGAGCUAGUUACUGGAAAAGCUAUAUUCCUUUCAAAGUAACUUAGCUACUGCUGAAAGUAACUUAGCUACUGAAAUGUAGUAGUAUUUAUGUAGCUGUAGUUAUUGACUUCCCAACACUGCUCACAACAUUACACCACUACUUGUUGGGUAAAAAGUAGCUCGUUACUGGAAAAUCUAUAUUAUUUUUAAAAUACGUACCUCAGGUAAAAAAAAAAAAAAGGUACCUAGUUACUGGAAAUGCUAUAUUUUUAUGAAAAUAUCUUAGCUGCGACACAGCUAAAAAAUUAUUUAUGCUAAUAGCAUCAAUAUUUGUAGCUAGCUACUCCCUAAUAGGGUUGUCACAAUACCAAGUAAUAUGACGAUACCAUGCAAUAUUGUGUUAAUUCAUAAUUCAAAUCUACAAAAUGAACCAAAAAUGAAAUACAUAGUUAUAAAUGAAAACAGACAAACCAGAUUUUCCUCUGAAUACUUUAUUAAUGAGAAUGAAUAACUGGUUAUCUGAAAAACUCAAGAACAAUCAUACAGUUAGCAAUCAACUAAUUCAGUGUGCCACAUAUUUCAUCUAUUGUUCCCUAGAAAUCAUUCAAAUGGAAAUUAUCCUCAGAGUGCUAAGAAUGAACACAACAUUAGGAAUAAAUAACUGAAUUUGGAAAUAAACUCCAAAAAAAAGCUUGCUUACUAGCAAACACGGCUAAUUUUAUUAUUUACACACAGCGGUUUAGCAUAACGUUAGCUCACUUACUAGCAAACAUGGCUAAUUUUAUUAUUUACACACAGCAGUUAGCGUAACAUUAGCUCGCUUACUAGCAAACAUGGCUAAUUUUAUUAUUUACACACAGCAGUUAGCAUAACAUUAGCUCGCUUACUAGCAAACAUGGCUAAUUUUAUUAUUUACACACAGUGGUUAGCGUAAUGUUAGCUCACUUACUAUUAAACAGGAAAUCUUUAAAGAUUAAGGUAAAGAAAUUAGGUUAAAUGAAGUUUCACCAACCUUUGUGUAUUCUGCAAAAGCAGUGUGUCAUUUUAGCGAAAAUAGUAGUAACUGCAGCACAUACAACAUUACUUACAUUACUUACCGUAAUGAUGAUACUACUGUUUAAAAAAUACAGUGGCAUCGGCGGUAUUUUGAAGCUUUAGUAUCGCAAUACUACCGUAAUAUCGGUAUACCGUGCAACCCUACUCCCUAACACUCUUACUUAAUUUUGUGAAUGUCUUGUUCUCAGUGACAGCAGGGACAUAAAAUGAAUACGCAUACACACAGGACCAUGUACAAUCAUUGAACAACAGAUCUUGCUUCUUAUUUUCUUCAGUCAAGUAUUUCAAGUCUAUAAUAAUGCCAUGGUGCUUGCGAAUAGCGAGCAUGGUAAUCAGAAAAGCUGCGCUUAGUUUUUGCCAUCUCUUUCAUUAAAAACAAGGAACAUGUACGGUUUUGUCAUUUGUAUGACUGUGUAAUGUGUACUUUAAAUUAGAAAUAUCAGUGAAAUUAAAACUCCCAUCGGACCACAAAACUAGGAAGUGUUUCACAAUUUACAGAAUGGGCUAGAAAGAAAUCAGCCUCAGCCUCUACUUCAUAACCAUCCUACUGAAAGGUAAAAUAAUAAUAAUAAUAAUAAUAAUAAUAAUAAUAAUAACUACUUCAAAAGUUAAUGAUGUACAUGACAAAAAUCUUGAAAGAGAAGCUCAUUUAUACAUGCUUGUUGUCGAUUUUAACCUGACACUCUCUU